CCCUAAGGGAAGUUGCGCGGUGGCCUCCCGGGCCGAGGUGGGCCUGCUCACUGGAAGAUCGCACCGCAGCCAUGAGUAGCAACGAUUCCUUCACUUCCUUCACGUGUGGACGCUCUGGCUGCUCGGCCCCGGGAUGCCCUAGAGGAGGAGCUGGAGGGAGAGGAGGUAGAGGCCAUGGCAGAGGUUCUCAAUGCAGUUCCAUGUCCCUAUCAUACACCUGUUACCGCUGCGGUGAGUCUGGUCAUCAAGCUAAGAACUGUGUCCUCGGAAACAUCUGCUACAACUGUGGGAGAAGCGGCCACAUCGCCAAAGACUGUAACGAACCUAAACGAGAGAGAGACCAAUGCUGUUAUACCUGCGGCAGACCAGGACAUCAGGCUUGUGACUGUGAUCAUCAGAAAGAGCAGAAAUGCUAUGCUUGCGGCAAACUUGGGCACAUUCAGAAAGACUGCGCCGAGGUCAAGUGCUACAGAUGUGGUGAGACCGGCCACAUGGCCAUCAGUUGCAGCAAGACGAUCCAAGUCAACUGCUACCGCUGUGGCAAAUCCGGACACCUAGCCAGGGAAUGUCCUAGUGAGGCUACCGCUUAAAUCUUUUCCCUUUGUCAUCUUCCCCCGCUCCUUUUGCUGAUUGAUAAUUGUAUUAUUUUCUCUGAAACCGUCACUGACCAAAAGGUUGAUAGAUUGAGGGUGCUUUCAGGCAUGUGAGCUUUAAUUACUCUGUUAAAGGAGGAAAGAGCUAGAAAAAAAAAUCUCGGAAAAGUUAAUCAUUUGUAUAUGCCCCACAAUUAAUGUGCUGCUUUUGCCCCACAGGCAACUCUAGUUAUUGAAUAGUCAUUUUGAGCACUAAUCA